CUUGCUUCUGGCAUUUCCCCGUUAUUAUUGAUCUUCUUUAUUCCUGGGUUAUAGAGUGGUGCCAAUCUAUAAAGCGAAGUAUAUCGUCAAAGAGGUUAACUUCACAUACAUACACACUAGUCACAUAGAGUCUCACAUUCUCAAUAUUUCUUGCCAUAUUCAUAGUCUAUCAUGUAUUCAUCCUUUUCAUCUUCCUCCAAUACUAAACCAGAAAAACACGAGGUGUUCAUUAGUUUUAAAAGUGAAGACACCCGCAAGACAUUCACUAGCCAUCUUAAUGGCGCUUUGAAACGACGAGAUAUCGAAACCUACACAGAGUGCAAAGUUGAGAGAGGAGAGGAAAUGCCCUUAACCCAUGUUAGGGCUAUUGAAGAAUCCAAACUCUCUUUGAUUGUUUUCUCCAAAAACUAUGCAGAUUCUAGGUGUUUGGAUGAAUUGGUGAAAAUAGUUGAGUGUGGAAAGAGAAAAAGGCAUAUUGUAUUGCCUGUUUUCUAUGACAUUGAUCCUUCUGAUGUGAGGAAUCAGAGAGGAACCUUUGCUGAGGCUUUUGCCAAACAUGAGAAACAUUUUGAGGAGAAGAAGAAGGUACGAGAAUGGAGGAAUGCUUUGGUGGAAGCAGCAAACUUUUCUGGUUGGGAUUGCAACGACGUCAACAGGACAGAAUUUGAAAUGGUUGAGGAAAUUGCUAACGAUGUGCUUGAAAAGUUGAACCGUGCGAAUGUGAUUGACCUAGAUGUGCAGAUUGCUAAAUUGGAACAACUGGCACAACUUCAACAUGAUCUUUAUACAAGGAUUAUCACUGUGGAAAACUUGGAAAAACACACGGCUACGGUUCAACGUGUGAUAGAACUUAAAAUGGAGAGGAGCAUUCGUUUGCUUCGUCUAACACCGGAUAUGCUCUCAUAUACGCAAAAGUCAAACUCUGGUUAUGCUUAUGGCUUUUGAAACACGUUUGAAGGUCUGUUUCACUGAGUUUUACGAACCAAAGUUUUUUAUUUCUUAAAAUGGUAAAUGUAAAAGGAAGGAAGAAGAUGGAUUGGAAGAUUAAUCCUGUCUAUUUCAUUCCCUUGUUUAAUCUCAAUUUUGUGUAAAUAUUGGGGUACGUUUCGUAUAAGAAUGGUAAGAGAAUUAAGAAAGUUCUAACAAGUUUAGUUUAGUGUUUUUAAAACAUCUUUGUUUCGUUCCAUUAUAAAUCAACCAAUAGAAUGAUUUUUU